UGAAAUAUACUUCGCAUUUUUCUAGUAGCUAAAAAGUGAAGAAAAAAAAAACGCGCGGCGGCGGCGGCGAUUGGUGCGGCGGGAGGCGGACAUGCCCCCCAAAUCGUCGCCGGCGAUGUCGGCACGGUCGAAAUCAACGCCGGAUUCCGAUCUCCGCUCGCACGACGGCAUUCCCAAUCCCGGAUCGUGGUCGGGGAGGUUGACUCGCUCCCGAGCAAAGCAGAUUGGACUGGUUCUUCCGAUUCAGGCGGUGGAAUCGCCGGGAAUCUCUUCCAACAACAACAAGAAGAGAAGGAUCGAGGAGGAGACGGCGGGGGAGUCGCGGGCGACAGUGAUUCCGACGACGACGACGACGGGGGAGCCUGGUACCUUGGCACGCCGGCCGAUCCACCCGCCGCAGCCGCACUCCACCGCACCGCGCAUCGGCAGAGAAAGCUCCUGGAUCGCCCAGCGCAAAGUUGAUCGACUUCGGAAGGCAACUCUCCGGGAUGCGGAAGACGAGCCCUCCACCGCGGCCGCCAUGCCCACCCCCUCUGACAAGAAGAUGGUGUUGGGCAUGUCUCGCUCAAUCGUCCGUGUUUCAUCUCCACCGACUGAGGGAAAAUUUAUCUCUCCUCUCACCGGCACCGUCAUCAGUUGGGAUGGAGCCACCAAGCGUGCUAUGAUCCUCACGAUCUACUCCACUGACUUCAAGAGUAAGCCGCAUGAGCCCCAACCCGAGCUAUGGGUUCAUCUCCCAGAUAAGUCUAUCGUGCAGGGACGGUUGAUAUUCGUGAAUCGCCACUACAGUCUUGCCAUCUUGGAGAUCACGUCUGACCUACCAUUGCAGGUCCCCACUUUUGGGUCAGCAGCAAAGUAUGGCCAAGAAAUUCUUGCCUUGUCUCGGGAUGAAAAUAUGUCCCUGGUGGCGAGGCGUGGAGCAAUCACCUGGUCGGAUGGUUCUUUGAUGUGGAGAAACCAUUACAUGUUUCUGGAUUGUGAUGUUCCUGAGGGUGGUGAAGGAGGGCCUGUGGUUGACUACUGUGGUAGUAUCAUUGCUGUAGUAUACAGAGACGGCCCUUGUGCAGCAAUCAUUUCAAUCUCAAUUAUUCAUGCCUUGUAUGAGAUGUGGGAGCAAUUUAGCUGUGUUGCCCGCCCUGUGUUUGACAUGGAUUUAAAAAGUGUGGAACUAGCUAGUUUCUCACUCCGGGAGGAGCUCUCUCUGAAACAUAACAUCGAAGGUGGCUUUAUUGUUGAACACAUAGCCAAUGAUUCUGCUCUUGAAAAUCUCGGUGUUAGACGGGGUGACGUGAUCUUUUUUGAGGAUAAGUGCGGGACUAUGUUGCCUGAGAUAGAAGAUUAUCUCCUUCAUCUUGGUCGGAGAUACCUGGGUGAGAAGAGGUCGAUGGUUCUCAAGUUGGAAGUACAUGACAUUGAAGGUACAUGCAAGGAGACAAUUACCUUACCCUUAGAAUUUAAAGUCAGCUCAGGAAAGGUUGCCUGACGGAGGAUGGCUUGAGGAUGUACAGCAAGACUGAAGUUACCUGGAGAGGAUAAUUUAGUGAAUGUUAUGUAAUUCGAGUGUUCUUUGACUUGAUGACUUCUGUCGGGGCGUUUAACCUAGGAUGUUACCUAAUUUUGGCUGAACUGCUAAUAUUCAUAUGAACGACUGUCAUAUAUAUUCAGCCCGAUUGGUCCUUUUUGAACGAA